AUGUCAUAUUCUUAAAGAAACUUUUAAAAUUUACCAUUUUAUUCUCCAGCAAAAUUUGAAAAUGAUCAGAAAGAUUUGAUGAUAUCUUAAUUGAAAGCAGAAAACUUUGAAUUGAGAUAGAAUGCAAGAGAUUAUUAAGAAUUGGCUACUCAUUUGAAAUCAUUAGAAAAUAGGUGAAAUUAGUAGUUAAUAUUAGAUAUAAUACAUUACAUGAAGAAAAGAUGAGAAAUGAAGUAGAAUAUAGAAAUAGAAGUGAUCAAACAUUAAAAACAAUAGCAAAUUUAAGAAAUGAGAUAGAUAGUUUGAAAUCUUAAAUAACAGAAAAACAUAUUGAAAGUUAAGAAAUGAGAGCAGAAAAUUUGGCAUUUAAAGAAAUCACAGAUCAUAGAUAAUAGGAGAAUUCUAGAGUCAAAAAUGAUUUAGCAUAAAUUUAAGAAGCAAAUAGAAAAUUAUAUGAAGAUAAACUUAGAUUAGAAACUGAAUUGUAAGCAUCAAAAGAUGAAAGAAAAAGGUAUAUAAUAUAUGUAUAUAUUAUAAGAUUAUUACAUGAUAGAGAAAUACUCAAUAAUACAUAUGAAGAUGUUUUAGAUAAAUUAAAUGAAAAAGAGAAGUCUUUAAGUUAAUUGCAAAAUGAUUAUGAUAAUCUUGAAAAAUAGAGUUUGAUCUACAAAGCUGAUGUUGAAAAUGUAAAAUAUUAACUCAAUAUAUUAAAUUAGAUUAAUAAUGAAUUAAAAACUAAGAAUGAAAAUUUAAAGUAUACGAGAAUGUAAUAUUAAGAAGCAUAGAAUUACAUUUCUUAAUUAUAAAAUGAUCUUGAAGAAAUCCAUAAAUAAAAGGAGAAAUUUAAAUAGGAAAGUUUAUUGUAUUAAAAAAAUUAUCAGUAAGAAGCAGAUACAUGCAUGGAAUUAAAUGCUUAAGUCAUUUAAUUAGAUCAAACGGUUAAACAUUAAGAAAAGACUAUAAUAGAAUAGAGAAAUGAAAUGGAACGUUUAAAAUCAUUACAUAUGGAAUGUCUUGAAACUACUGAAGAAUUGAGUCAUGAAUUAGAUCAAGUUAAACGAAUGAAUGAUUAAUUUGAAUAUUAACAUAGAGAAGUAUUAUUAUAUUUUAAUUUAUUAAGAUCAUGGAAGAACUUGACAAAAUGUCAUUAACAGAAGAAUAGGCUGCUAUGUCUAGAGCUAGUAAAUAUAAAGAAUUAAAAACUAAAUUAAUUAUGGGAACUAAGUAAUUAACAUAGUUCCAAUCUCCAUUUAAGAGAUUUUCUACUAAUAAAAAACCAUAAAUGAAACAAUAUGAAUUUUGA